AUGGCAGUGAACGUGACACCGAUCCGAGACACAAAGUGGUUGACUUUGGAGGUCUGUCGAGAAUUCCAGAGGGGUACGUGCUCACGGCCGGACAAUGAGUGCAAGUUCGCCCACCCCGCCAAGAGCUGCCAAGUGGAAAACGGCCGAGUCAUCGCCUGUUUUGACUCGCUCAAGGGCCGCUGUUCAAGGGAGAAUUGCAAGUACCUUCACCCCCCUCCCCAUCUGAAGACCCAACUGGAGAUCAACGGAAGGAACAACCUCAUUCAGCAGAAGAACAUGGCCAUGUUAGCCCAGCAGAUGCAGAUCGCAAAUGCCAUGAUGCCUGGCACUCAGCUGCAACCCGUGCCCAUGUUCUCAGUCUCGUCCGGUCUGGCAACCAACGGCAACGGUGGCGCGGCUGCGGCGUUUAACCCUUACCUCGGCCCGGUUUCGCCCGGCCUGAUGCCCGCCGAGAUUCUGCCCAGCGCUCCGGUACUGCUCACCAGCAACACCACUGUCCCUGUCCCAGUCACCACAGCGGCGCAGAAACUGAUGAGGACGGAUAGACUGGAGGUCUGUCGGGAAUACCAGAGGGGCAACUGCACCCGUGGCGAGAACGACUGUCGCUUCGCACAUCCGUCCGACAGCACCAUGAUAGACACCAACGAUAACACAGUCACAGUGUGCAUGGACUACAUCAAGGGCCGCUGCUCUCGGGAGAAGUGCAAGUACUUCCACCCGCCAGCUCACCUACAGGCCAAAAUCAAAGCGGCCCAACAUCAAGUUAACCAGGCAGCGGCCGCUGCGGCCAUGACUCAGUCAGCUGUCAAAUCACCGAAGCGGCCCUUCGACCCAGCUUUUGACCUGGGGCUCCCUCCCGUCCUGCCCCCUUUACCAAAGAGACCCGCACUUGAAAAAGCCAACGGUGCCACCACAAUGUUCAACACCGGUGUAUUCCAGUACCAACAGGCCCUAGCCAACAUGCAAUUCCAGCAGCAGGCUGCCUUCAUCCCGUCGGGCUCGAUAUUGUGCAUGACGCCUGCAACAAGUGUUGUACCCAUGAUGCACGGUGCUACUCCAGCCACUGUGUCUGCAGCCACCACAUCUGCCACAAGUGUUCCCUUUGCAACCGCCUCUGCCAAUCAGGUUUGCUCUUCUUUUCUUCAAUUGAUUCCGAUAAUAUCUGCGGAUCACCUGAAUAGUCACAAAUACGUGACCCAGAUGUAG